AAUAAUAUUCAAAACCUCAAACUUUAUCUAUCAAUAAAGCUAUCUUAACAAUGGCAACAAUGGCAGACCGCGACCGCGAUCGUGACUUCCGAGGAGAACCAAGGCAAGUCCAUGUCCACACACAACACACAACUCUCCAUGGCGGUAACGUAAGGGGUACAACUGGUACCGGGUUCGGAUCCAGUUUCAGCGGUAUGAACGGCCCGUCAGCUUCUCAAGUUGUUGCACUUGUAACUCUAGUUCCCGUCACGGGUACCCUCCUCUUCUUGGCGGGCCUUACUCUACUAGGGUCCAUCAUUGGCCUUUGCCUUGCUACCCCUGUUUUCCUCUUCUUCAGCCCUGUUCUUGUCCCCGCUGCCCUCCUCAUGGGCCUUGCUGUUACUGGGUUUCUCUCAUCGGGUGCGUUCGGGCUCACCGGGCUUUCGUCGUUAUCCCGUGUGAUUGGGUAUCUUCGCCAGGCGGGGCAUAAUGUGCCAGAUGAUUUGGACUAUGCGAAGCGUCGAAUGGCGGAUAUGGCGGCGUUUGCUGGGCAGAAGACUAAGGAUGUAGGGCAGACUAUUGAGAGUAAAGCUCGUGAAAGUGGAACUACUGGUGCUACUACUGGUGGUACUACUGGUAGGACUUGAUCGAAUUAAUAAGGGAAAUGGGGCACAAAUCUUGAGUUUCUUUGUUGGGUUUUGCAAUGUGUAAAUUGUCCGUUUCUUUCUUAGCUUGUUUAUGUUGUUAAUGGUGCUUUGAUCUUAUGCUUUAUAUCCAAUAAUUUUAAAUUUUCAAUGUAAU